UUGAUGGCACGACCUUCUUAUUCCAAAUUUCAUCCCUAUAGCAUGAAGUUGCUUGCACAACUUAAUAGCUUGAGUCCUCGCGAUAUAGAGGUCCUUAACAUUCCGAUGCUUCUAAGAGACCAAGCCAAUUUUCAGUCGAUCCCUUAUGGGAUAACUCUGGCCCGACCGGCAUAUGCUGAAAGUUGGGAAGAUUUUCAUUUAAGGCCUUCCGUUCAACAGUCUGCCUUAAGUAGAGAUCGGCGUAACAUUGAAGUUUUUCACGUUUUUUUCCCGCUUAUUGGAAGUAUAUUAUACGAGUGGGUUUCCCCGGAGGAGGCGAGGAAAAACAAGCUGAUCGUUUACUUAAUAAGCGGCGCCGAGCAUAGUCUUUACCCUUCUCGUGGAAACUAUGACAAUUCCACUGAGAGCACGUCUAUCCUUCUCAAAAAGUUUAUUCAGACAAUUCACCCUGAUAUAGAAGUGGUCCCUUUGCAUUCUCCCAAGGGCAUUUUUAAGUACAAAGAGAACGUUGAUUUCGUUACUACUCUGGUCACGCCGUUGUUGUACGAGCACCGCCAGCGACUUGCCCAAGAGUAUGGAGAGUCCUGGAAAGAAAAAUUCGCCGUCUCGAUCUCGUUGAGUUCGGGCUCGCCUGCACGUCUCCUUGCAAUUGGUGCGUGCAUGAAACAGUUUUCUCCCAAAUUUAUUCAUAUGUGGCAGCCAAAAUCGUUUUUCCACUGUGGCGUGCUAAGAGAAGACGACGUAGAAACCCACGCGUUCAGUUUAGUGGAAGCCCAACCAGCAAUCACCGUAGACUCGCCCUCCCUAGACUCAAACAUUCGAAGAUUAGUUGAGCAAAUGACUCUUUAUAAAGCUGCGUGGUUUCAACAGCAAAAUUUGAAAGUUAACCAGCAAGGAGCGUUAGUAGAUGAAGGCGAACUGAUCGACUUCUGGCUGCGAAAAACGAGGAAACCUGUUUUGUGUGUGCUUAUGUGCCAAAAGCCCUGUAGCGCGCCGUUCUUUGUUCCCGGAAUCAACAUAGAGGUUAGCAUGCCCACCGGCACUCUCUGCUCUGAACGAAAUGCCAUUGGUACUGCGCUAACUCAGGACCCUUCUUUAACGCGGUACGAUUUCAAGAUGCUUGCUGUCCUGGGCUUAGGAGUAGGAAGUACUGUUGCACAACCCGUCUUCGCUCGUAGUUGUUACUCUAUUCCAGCUAAAUUUCUGGAACGUAAUCCACUGGGGCCGUGCGGCAGUUGUAUUGAGUGGUUAAAAAAAAUAGCAGAAGUCAAUCCGGACUUUAAAAUCAUCACUUUUACGGAUAGUUCAUGUACUAGUAUAUUUGUGAGAUCGUUAUAACUACGAAUGUUUGGCGCUUCAAGCAUAGUCUUUUUAAAAAAAUAAAUAGGACAAACCU